AUGAUCUCCAGAGCUACGCUACCAAAAACGGGGAGUGGGCUGCUCCCGCAAUCGAUCGAUCCGAGCGUCUUGGCCAGGCUAGGCCACAAAGAUCUCGAGCUCGACAACGAUGUCUACGCCACGCUCCUCCGCGAAUGCGAGAGAUCCAAAUCGCUCUCGCAGGGGCGAUACAUCCACGCUCACAUCCUCGCCAGUGGCAAGAGCGGCAAGACGUUCCUGGGAAAUCUCCUGGUCCGGAUGUAUGGCAAAUGUGGCUCCAUCGCCGAUGCCAAAGCGGCCUUCGAUCAGAUCCAUCGCAAGAACGUCUUCUCCUGGACGAUCAUGCUCGGGGCGUUUGCCGAUUGUGGGCAUCACAGGCAGGCGAUCCAGAUCUAUCACGCCAUGGUUCUCGAGGGAGUGAGGCCGGAUUGCGUCGCCUUCGCAUCCAUCGCGGGGAUUUGCUCGGAGCUGCAGUGUUUCCAAGCGGGCAAGGCGAUCCACGACUGCGUGCUCGAGCAAGGCGCCGAAUCCGACGUGAUCGUCGCCAACAAUCUCGUCACCAUGUACAGCAAAUGCGGCCGAAUCGAUGAGGCUAGAUGCGUGUUUCGCCGGAUCAAGAACAAGAAUCCAGUGUCUUGGAACGCGAUUAUUGCAGCAUUUUCCCAGUGUGGAGAUUUUGCGAGCGCGCUGGAGUUCUACGUCGAGCAUCCCGUGCCUGACAAGAUCACGCUCAUUCUGGCAGCGAAAGCGUGCGCUAGCUUGGGGGAUCUCGAUCGAGGCCGGGAGAUCCAUGCCAGAGCCGUGGAGCUGGGAUUGGAAUCGGACCUCCUGGUGGCCAACAGUCUGAUCGGGAUGUAUGGCAAGUGCUACUGCGUGGGUGAUGCCAAGCGCUUGUUCGAUGGAUUGGAUGCCAAGAACAGGGACGUGAUCUCCUGGAACUCGAUCAUCGCGGCUUAUAUCUUGGCCGGGAUGAGCUCGCAGGCGCUGGAGCUCUUCCGGGAGAGAAUGGAUGUGGAGCCGAAUAGGAUCACUUUCAUCGCGCUGAUUGAUGCCUGCUCGACCCUGUGCGAUCUCGAGCAGGGAAGAUGGAUCCACGAGAGGAUUCGCAGCUCGGAAUUUGAGAGAGAGGUGGCAGUGGAGAACGGUCUACUGCUCAUGUACGCCAAGUGUGGGAGCAUCGAGGAAGCGAUGGCGAUCUUCGAGAGCAUGGAAGGGAGACGAACGGUCUCUUCCUGGAAUUCGAUGAUCGCUGCUUGGGCGAGUCAAGGAGAUCGAGAUGGCAGUAGCAGUGACGAGGUUUUACGGAUCUACAACAGGAUGAGCUUGGAAGGAUUGAAGGCUGACAAGAUCACUUUCGUGAGCUUGGUGACGAUUUGCAAGGAUAUCUUGCACGGAAGGAGGAUUUUCGAGCAGAUCAUCGCUGCUGGGAUCGUUCUAGAGACGGAGAUGGAGCUCGCAACGAGCUUGGUGAUCAUGUACUGCAAAUUCGGCUGCGUGCGCGACGCGAUGGCAGUUUUCUCUGGGAUGAGAUCAAGAGAUGUGGUGGCCUGGACAGCGAUGAUCACGGCUUUCUCGCAGCAAGAACACACGAGCAUGGAGGCCGUGGAUUACUUUUGCCGGAUGGACUUGGAUGGAUCCAAGCCCGACGAGGUGACUUUCGCCAGCGUUCUUGGAUCGAUUGCUCGAUUGGGUCUUCUCUCCAGAGGAAGAUCCGUCCACUGCGAUGUUCUAGCCUGUGGAUUUCAAUCCGAUGUCGUGGUGGGCACUGCGCUGCUCGACAUGUACAGCAAAUGCGGGAGCUUGAUCGAUGCCAAGCGCGCGUUUAACGAUCUGGGAGGCUCCAGGAAUCUCGUCUCCUGGAACGCGAUGAUCGCCGCCAUGGCCAAGCAUGGCGAUUGGAGCUCCGGCUUCGAGCUCUACCGCGCCAUGAUCCUCGAGGGAGUGAGACCCAACGAUGUCACAUUCACCAACAUGCUCUUCCUGUGCAGUCACGGCGGUGGUGGCGAUCGAGAAUGCGGCAUCUGGGACGGUUGCGCAUCGAUCGUGCUCGAAUUCGGCGUCAAGAUCACGCCCGAUCACCACUGCUCGAUCGUGGAUGUUCUUGGGCGAUCCGGGCGGCUCGAGGAGGCAGAGGAAUUCGUGGACAAGGGGAUGGGAUUCGAGCCGGGGAUCGUCGAGUACCGUACGCUCCUGGGGAGCUGUACGGUUGCUUGCGACAUGGAGAGAGGCGCGCGCGUGGCGCAGCGCGUCAUGGAAAUCGAACCUCAAACUUCCAUGGCAUAUUCACUGCUGGCCAAGAUUUUGAGGAGGUUUUGUAGCUAG